AUGUGCAUCAACAAGAUGCGCUCUUUCGUGAUGACCGAGGGGAGGGAGACAAUGCUGACUGUCCGCCCGCAGCUGUGCCGAGCGGAGAACUCACAGGAAAAGUACAACGAGCCCAAAAACACCGUGGACUGGGAAAGUACGACAGCUUUACGCAUUCUUCAGGUUUGCGCCAUCGUCUUAACAGGAGACAAAGAUGUCCAUGCAAAUGGGGGAGCGUGA